AGUCCUUAAAUAGAGAGAUUAAGGAUUUCUUGUCCGCUUUUUCUCAUCGAUCGUCAAACGAAGGACGCCCUCAGUCUCUGGUGCCUCGUCUCCAGGCUCCUCUAUGAGGUCUGGAGUUGCUUAUGCUAAGAGACCUAAAUCACAGCCAAAUCCUACGAAUUUUCUUGAGAGGAUGCAUAUGUGAAGAUGUUAUUUGUGAUUAUGAUAUGUUUCCUCCCAGCAUCUGCACUCAUGAACUGAAUGGAUAGACAUAUCGGGAUAGAAGAGAUGGACCAGGCGAAGAAUUAUGAACAAGUUCGGUAUACCGCCUCUGAUCCGAGAAAUGAGGGGCUCGGUUCAAUCAACCAGAGGUUUUCUCAUGAUCCUUCGACUAAUAUUAGCGCUAAUGUACGGCCUCCAGAUUAUGUCGUUUCAGCCCCUCGACCGGUAUUGAAUUACUCGAUUCAGACUGGUGAAGAAUUUGCCUUUGAGUUUAUGAGAGAUAGGGCUAUUCAGAAACAACAAUUCAUCCCAAACGCGUAUGGGGAGCCUAGUGGUAUGCCUGUUUAUGUUGACUUAAAGGGUGUAAUGGGAAUGGCUCAUCCAAUGUCGGAGAGCGGGUCUACCACACCAGUGCUUAGUGCAUCAGAAAAGCAUAAUACACUCGAGCAUGAGAGGAAGAUCCCUUCUACCAUUGAAGACAAGAGUUACAGUGAACAGGUGCAGUCAGUACCAGCAACAUCGUCAAGAAAUGGUGGCAAUCAAAGACUUCAUAGUUUUGGUUCUUCUAGAGGGUUGAAUGGCUCCUUAAACCAGGUGAAGUUCUUAUGUAGCUUUGGUGGUAAAAUCUUACCGCGCCCCAGGGAUCAGAAGCUUAGAUAUGUCGGUGGUGAAACACGGAUCAUUCGGAUUAGCAGGGAUAUUUCCUAUGAAAAACUAAUGCAGAAGAUGUCAGAAAUUUACUCUGAUACUCAUGCGAUAAAGUAUCAACUGCCUGGAGAGGAUCUUGAUGCUCUGGUUUCUGUGUCUUGUGAUGAGGACUUGCAAAACAUGAUGGAGGAAUGUGAUGUGUUAAAUAGUGGAGAAUCUCUGAAGCCCAGGAUGUUCUUAUUCUCAAGCAGUGACACAGAGGAGACUCAGUUUGGCAUAGGAGCUGUGGACGGUGAUUCUGAGGUUCAGUAUGUAGUUGCUGUCAAUGGGAUGGAUCUAAUUUCAAGAAAGAGCUCCCUCGGAACAGCAAGUGUUUCUGGGAACAAUUUGGACGAGCUACUUAAUAUGAAUGUUGAUAGGGAGAUUGGUCGAGUUGCCUCAGAACCAGAUGCAGUUCCUGCUCCUGCUCCUACCCCUUUAGCAGUAGAUGGACCCUUGCUAGCUAUUCAAACAUCUCAACAAGGAGGGGUUUUUCCUGCACAGCAAGUACACCGCCGGGGAGUUGUUAACCACCCAGUUUAUACAUCAGCUCCUAUUGCAAGCUUAGCACAUCAACCACUUUCGGGUUAUAGUCCGUAUGCUAUGAAUCCUGCAACGCCUCCUGAAACUCCGGUACCUCCCCAUCUGCAUCAGACCCAGCAGGGGGUUUUACGUGAGGAACAAGUGUUUCAUGCACAAGAUCCAGAACCUUCGAUUAAAGAAGCCAAACUGAAAAGAGAUGGCUCAUUUCAGAAAGUAAAUGAGCCUGCUAAUGUAUGUGCUUUGGAGAAUAAUGCUUCAGCCAAGGAAUCAAAGAUGAAGAGAGAAUUUUCGACUCCGAGGGUUAGUGAAUAUAGUAUUUCUUCAGUGUCUAGUGAUUGUCCUGCCCCUGAUAAUGUCUCCAAGGAAGAAACUCCAAUUGUCACAAAAGUAGCCAGUUCAACACCGGAUAUGAGUUCCUACAUUUUGCCAGAAAAAAGUGUUAGAAAAUCGCAGGAACUUGUUCAGAAUCCAGGUGCUUCUGAGACAGCAACCGAUGGCAGGAAAGCCAAUCAAGAUGAUCAAUCUUCCCUGCCUGGAGGAUUCUCAACAUCUGGAUAUGUAAGCUCGGGUGGUGAUUCAUCUAGUAUAAGCAACCUUGACCAGCCUGUGAUUCAUCAAAGGGUUUUUCAUUCUGAGCGCAUUCUGCGGGAGCAAGAAGAAACCAAUCGCUUGUCUAAAUCUAAUGAUUCCCUUGGUUCUCAGUUUCUGAUGGCUCAAACUAGUUCUGAUCCUUUCCAGCCUAUCAGUGAAUUGGCCGAAAAGUUUGAUGAAGCAAGUACGAGUUCCCAGAAUGUGCUGUCUAUUCCACCUAUGAAACAACCAUCUUCUGGAAGCCCCUGGACAGCUGAAGAGACAUUGCAGUUUGAAAAGAGUGAAGAAUCCGGUAGCAAGAUCAAUCAGAUGAACUCUUCAAUUUCUAAGGUUAGUCCAGAAUCAACUGGACAAAUACCUGAUCAGCAACGGUUAGGCGAUUACAUGAAUGAGCUAGGAACCAUGCAGAGCAAGGGAAACUUUGAAGACCGAUCCCUGAAUCAAAAUGAGGCAGCUUUCUUGAAUCAGCUAACAAGAGCUGAAAGCACUUAUGUGGACCAGUCCCCAGUUACAGCUCCAAAGCCGCCAGAAUUCGGGUGGAAUAAUGUGGCUGAAAACAAAAACUGGGCUGAGCCUGUUACUCGAGAAGUAAGCUCCUCAGAUACUUUCAUCAGCGCUGCCCCACGAGGACAACGUGCUACUGGCCCUGAAAGUCCAGAGCAAGGGGACAUUGUUGUUGACAUAAAUGAUAGGUUUCCCCGCGAUUUUCUUGCUGAUAUAUUCAUGAAAGCAAAAGAAGACUCUCUGAACUUCUCUGGAUUAGGUCCAUUAAAUGUCGAUGGAGCUGGUGUGAGUUUAAAUGUUCAGAAUCAUGAGCCUAAGAAUUGGUCUUAUUUCCAAAAUUUGGCCCAGGAUGAGUUUGUUAGGAAGGAUGUAUCGCUUAUGGAUCAGGACCAUCCGGGAUUUCCGACUUCCAUGACAACCGGAGGAGCUCCUAUCGAUUACAGCUACCCACCGUUGCAGUCAGAGAAAGUUGCUUCAAGUCAUAUUGAUCCGCAAAUCCACUUUGAUGGAAAUAUCCAACCGGAUGUCUCUCCUGUAGCUGCUUCCAACACGGUAGACACACAACAAGAUUAUGGUCAGUCACAGCUGCUCAACAAGGGUGACGAAAACACAGACACAACUACUGAAAACACUGGUGUGCCUCUCAUUGACCUAACGGCUGGAGAAUUUGACAUCAGGUCUUUGCAGAUCAUAAAGAAUGAGGAUUUGGAAGAACUGAAGGAAUUAGGUUCGGGUACCUUUGGAACAGUUUAUCAUGGAAAAUGGAGGGGAACAGAUGUUGCAAUCAAGCGGAUAAAGAAGAGCUGUUUUAUUGGUCGAUCAUCUGAGCAAGAAAGAUUGACCUCGGAGUUCUGGCAUGAAGCUGAAAUUCUCUCCAAGCUUCACCACCCGAAUGUUGUGGCAUUUUAUGGGGUUGUGCAAGAUGGGCCUGGAGGAACUUUAGCUACAGUGACAGAGUUCAUGGUGAAUGGCUCACUUAGACAUGUUCUGCUCAGCAACAGACAACUUGACCGGCGUAAGCGCCUCAUCAUUGCAAUGGAUGCGGCUUUCGGGAUGGAAUAUCUGCACUCGAAGAACAUUGUUCAUUUCGAUUUAAAGUGUGACAACUUGCUUGUCAACUUAAAAGAUACUGCACGUCCAAUAUGCAAGGUAGGUGACUUUGGGCUGUCUAAGAUAAAAAGAAACACUUUGGUCACUGGCGGUGUAAGAGGAACCCUUCCUUGGAUGGCACCUGAGCUACUAAGUGGAAGCAGCAGUAAAGUUUCUGAAAAGGUUGAUGUUUUCUCUUUCGGUAUCGUCCUGUGGGAGAUUCUUACGGGCGAGGAGCCCUACGCUAAUAUGCAUUAUGGAGCCAUAAUUGGGGGAAUAGUGAACAACACACUGAGACCAACCGUGCCAAGCUACUGCGACCAGGAAUGGAGACUGCUAAUGGAACAAUGCUGGGCUCCUGAACCGGUGGCUCGGCCUUCCUUCACGGAGAUAGCCAGUCGCCUCCGGGUCAUGUCCACGUCUGCUGCCCAGACCAAGCCACACCCAAACCACCCAACCCACAAAUGACCGUUCCGCACCGUACGUACCAUCCUCUACAAAAAAUCGUCUGUUUUCGGGGUUCUACAUACAUAUAUAUAUAUACAGGAGUAUCCGGUUGCAUUUUUUUGGUGUAAAGAUAUGGUUUUGUGCAUAAUGUCAUUUUGAGAUGUUCAGUUCAAGAUUUGGGGCUCAUGUGGUGAUUUGUACAAGAACAAGAACAGGACAACUGUUCUACUUUGUAUAGACUUUGUUAUAUAUCAUUGAUUGUAUAUUGUUGGGGGAGUGAAUACAUAUAUAAAACUUGAAGUACAGUUUUUGUUUCCA